AUGCCGUGCUUCAAGGGCCUUGCCGUGAGCAUUCACACUCCGAAUGGACCGUUGCCCGAAUACUCGGUGCAGAAGACAACUCGGCUCUCUCGAAUCAGUGCUUACAUCCCUGUACCGCCCGCACGCAUUCCUGCCGAUUCAGUGACUGGGAACCCGGAACAAUCUACAUUCGCGAUCUCGAUAACACUGCUCACACCCGGUCAAGAGGUCCCCUACUCGACCCCGAAAGCCACUCCAGAGAACCCAGAUCCGAAACCGAAGCUAGUUGGAAGUUUACCUGGCCUUGGGGGAGAUCGAGGAAAAUCCGCAAACACCAUCCAGCCCUAUAUCCCCCUCACGACAUCACCGAACGAGACAAUAGCGGCGUACAUCUACUUCGAUGGUCGGGCAAAGGAAGAGGUUGCCACACUGCUGAGAAAGGGUGAGGAGACCUGGGUCAAUUCUCGAUGGGUUAGUGUUCCGGAGAAGGAAGGCGGUGGUCUGGCAGAACGAGAGUUUUUGUUUCGCGAAGUGGGUCUCGAACGAUGGCUCAAUGGUCUGGACCUCGAGGGCAAAGACGCCGCUGCGACAAUAGAAAGGCGGCGACAGAAGCUGGAGAAGCGCCGGAGAAAGAGAAAGGAAGUCGCUGGGAGUGAUGACGAGGCGAACGGAGGCCCGAAGGGAUCUGGUCGGAAAAGCACACUAAGGUAUGGCGAGAAUGGGGAGUUGCAAGACGUCUCAGACGACGAUGCUUCGUUGAGCGAUACGGACAGCUCGGACGACGACGAUCCGAUUCCAGAAGCGGCCGGUCAGAUUAAGGUGGCUUUGUUCCGCGUCCUUGCAUCGGGAGAAAUCAAGCGAGGAGAAUACUCGCCGCAGUUCGAUGCACACGACGAUUCUUCCGACUCUGAUGGCCCCGAAGGCACAGCUCCAAACGCUGACGGCAAGAAUCGAGCAGACGUUGACCACACCACGAGUUUCGCGAAGCCCAAAACACUGGAUCCUAAAACUAUCUCUACUCAGACCGUGACAGGCAUUGACCCCACCGACAAGCCUUAUGCCGUUUUCACUUUUCUGUAUCGCGGCGAACGCCAGCUGCAGAAAAUGGGAAUCUUGCCCACCCCAAAGUCGGAAAAGGCAGCAACCAACGCCAAGAGGCGCAGCCUGGUGGCUGACCUUCCCAAGCUUGGACCUCUCAAGAAAACGGGGGCUGCUGGCUUCUCGACCUUCAGAGAUGCCGACGGGAAACCGACUCGCAAAGGCAAGAAGGCCAGCGACGACGACAUGGAGAGUGACGAUGACGAAGAAGGAACUGGUAUCAUCAGCAAGAUGGAGGACAUCAACGAUGCCGAUGUCAAGAAAGAACCCGACUUGCUGUCUCCAGAAGACGCCGAACGGACAGGCCAAGUUGCGGAAGGAAUCCGCAAAAUGAAGCUCAAGCGACAGCAUUCGGCGGAACCAUUGAACAGCAAUGGCGCGCCCGAAGCUCGCAAGACGUCAAAGUCAGGCAGUCCUUCCACAGCGUCGACACCAAAAGUUGGGGAUGAUGACUUGGGCACUUCUCCUUCGGGAACGAACAAUGGUGGCAUCCCGGUACCUGGGUCUACUCUAGAUAUCAAAAAGGAAGACGACAGCUUUAUGCUUGGCAGUCCUAUGAAAAGGCAACGCGCCAGCGUAGCCGAAUUCGACGAUGAUAUCAAGACACGACUGGCCAGUGGUCUCUCCAGCGCUAUAAACCAGAUCACUGGUUCUAGUGAACAAUCUCAGCCGCCGACUACGUUGGACGUCAAUCCUUCCGGCCUUCAGUUUGGUGGGGCACUUGUUAAAGGACCUGCUGCCGAUGACGACGAGGAACUGUGA